CACGUUCCCUCUACAUUAAUCCCCGUCCUGAUUAUCUUUCUCAAUCGCUGCGUUAGAGCGUGGUUUUGACUUCCCACACCACGAGUUUCGUCUCGUUAUCCUUUUCCAAAAGCUAGACACUUGCAUGUAUAUAUGGUUAUGGCUUCCGGCUGGAUUCUGCAGAGCCCUCUCUCCCUUCUCUCUGAAACAAAAGCUUCAGAAAUUUCUCGGCUUUCGGAGAUAGUUCUUUUGGGACAAAAGUGAUGGGUCUCUUUCUAUCUAAAACUUGUGCAGAUCUUCUUUUGCAUCCCGUCUUCUCUCCCAAGAGAUUUCCUUUCGUUUCUUUGCAGUUGGAAAACUCGGUCUCCCGCACCGGGAGGCAUUCCCAGCGCUACGAUAGUAAAGGCUACCGCCAAGUUGUUGGAUGCAUUCCGUAUAGAUACAGAGAAACCAGCUGCCAAUCUUCCUCCAUUGAAAAUUUAGAGGUUCUUGUGGUCAGUUCACAGAAGGGGCAGGGAAUGAUGUUCCCAAAGGGAGGUUGGGAAACGGAUGAGACUGUGGAAGAUGCGGCCAUGCGAGAAACGCAUGAGGAAGCUGGUGUUGUUGGCAAAGUCGAAAAUUGUUUGGGGAAUUGGCAGUAUAAGAGCAAGAGACAAAGCAUAAUGCAUGAGGUCUACAUGUUCUCUUUGCUUGUCAACAAGCAGCUAGACCGGUGGCCAGAGAAAAACCUUAGGGAACGAAGAUGGAUGACAGUAGCAGAAGCUAGGGAAGUAUGUCAACAUGGGUGGAUGAAGGAAGCUUUGGAUGUGUUAGUUGGUCAACAAUUGCAACCUCAGCGGAAAGAGGAAACUGAGGAGAAAUCUCGUGCAUAGGAUACUGACUUUGGCCAUUAAUUGGUCGGAUUUGUCAAAUGACUGCACCAAGAUUAACAUAUGGGAAAACUAAAGAUAUCAUGCGGCACCAGAACUAGAGCUUCGAAGUUCUGUUGAAGGAGCUUUGCUUCAUUUCCAUGGCAAAUUCAUGGCGUUCAUUGCUUGAGUUUUGAGUUCAUUGUGGUUGAAACGCAAGAUCGAAAACUUCCACGAUGUAGUUGCAGAUCAUGUAAAAAUGUUUGAUUCAUUCUUUUAAUAGAAUAGCUCCGAUUCUUUGUUGUAUGAUGUGUUGUUUGUAUUUUCCUAGUCUUGUUGAUCUGCCUUCAUAUUGCUAGCUAGCUGCAGCACUAUGACCUAUGUACGAUGCGACAGCUUUGCUGGUUAAACUAGAUUCAAUUAUUAUUAAUUAUUUGGAUAUAUUUUAAGUUCAA